UACAUGUUACCAACUCGAUGGACUUCAUACGGAAAAUCCAAAAAAUCCGUCUACACCCUGAAGAUAUAUUGCACUGACGAAAUAACAACUGUCAAUAACACUGCCAGUCUUAUUGUCAUCACUCCCAGUAAUGGAAAUCGACGGAAAAUACCGAUUGUCAGUUCCAUAAGAUCCCCGACAUACGACAUCUCACGAUUCCUAGCCCGCGAAUUACAACUCCUGAUAGGAAGGACGAAGUUACAUGUUACCAACUCGAUGGACUUCAUACGGAAAAUCCAAAAAAUCCGUCUACACCCUGAAGAUAUAUUGGUAAGCUUCGACGUACUAAGAGUCACUCUUCACAAAUGUCCCAAUAAAAGACACUGUAGAUAUUAUAAAAACCUUUCAUAUAGCCCCAAAUAAAAUCAUCCCUUUAAUAGAGUACUGUCUAACUACCACUUAUUUCUCCUAUAAUGACCAAUUCUAUGAACAGACAUCCGGAGCGGCCACGGGUUCCCCUAUUUUUCCCGUAGUAGCGAACAUCUUCAUGGAACACUUCGGAGAAGAGGCCCUCCGAAAGGCGACUAGCAAGCCAGAAAUUUGGUUCCGAUACG